AGAGCCUUCCAACCAUCCUUUUUCUCACCAAAUCAAAGGCUUCUUUCCCUCCUAUUAGAAGAAAAUGGAAAUGCCACAAGUAGCUCUUCCCUUGUUCACAGUGCUGCUUCUUUGUUUAGCAUGCAAUGCCCAACUUUCGUCUACCUUUUACGACUAAAUUUGUCCUAAUGCACUCACCACAAUUCAAACCGUUAUUAGGCGAGCAAUUUCUCAUGAACGUCGAAUGGCAGCAUAUCUCAUUCGCCUUCAUUUUCAUGAUUGCUUCGUUCAAGGGUGUGAUGCAUCAAUAUUACUUGAUGAUACUCCAUCUAUGAUUGGUGAAAAAAAUGCAGCGGCAAACAAAAAUUCUAUUAGAGGUUAUGAGGUGAUUCACGACGCCAAGAGUGAAGUUGAGAAGAUUUGUCCUGGCGUUGUAUCUUGUGCCGAUAUUCUUGCUGUGGCUGCAAGAGAUGCUUCGUUUGCUGUUGGUGGUCCAUCUUGGAAAGUAAAACUUGGAAGAAGAGACUCUACCACGGCAAGCAAAACUCUUUCCGAGAGAGAGUUUUCAAUUUUUCAAGUGAAUCUUGAAGGACUUAUCUCAAUUUUUGCAAACAAAGGUCUUAGUAGAAGAGAUAUGGUUGCACUAUCAGGUUCUCAUACUCUAGGACAAGCCCGAUGCUUCUUUUUCAAGAAUAGAAUAUACAAUCAAAGUAACAUUGAUGCAGGAUUUGCUAAAAUUCGCCGUCAGAAAUGUCCAGCAUCAGAUGGAAAUAGCAAUUUGGCACCUCUAGAUUUGGUCACACCCAAUUCCUUUGACAAUAACUAUUUCAAAAACCUUAUACAAAAGAAGGGUUUGCUUGAAACCGAUCAAAUCCUUUUUAGUGGAGGACCAACCGAUAAUAUUGUUAUAGAAUACAGUAGAGAUCCAACGGCAUUCAAAUCUGACUUUGCCACUGCAAUGAUCAAAAUGGGAGACAUUCAGCCUCUAAUAGGAAUGGAAGGGCAAAUAAGAAAUAUAUGCAGUGCAGUCAACUAA